CGUGAUAUGACGUCAGCGGGCCUGAAGGCGGAAGUAAGACAAUCAACAACUGAACACGGAACAACGGUUGGCGAUAUUAUAAGUGUCUAAAAACAAGCUGUCUCGGAGGGAUUGUUUUUGCUUCGUGUAAUAUUAAACAAUAUGUCUGUAUUUGGCAAAUUGUUUGGCGGUGGGGGGAAAGGCGGAAAAGCCCCCAGCCCACAAGAAGCCAUCCAGAAACUCCGCGAGACAGAAGAGAUGUUAACGAAGAAACAAGAAUACUUAGAACAAAAGAUUGGAGCCGAACUAUUAACAGCAAAGAAAAACGGCACGAAAAACAAACGAGCUGCUUUACAGGCUCUGAAAAGAAAGAAGCGAUAUGAAAAGCAGCUUGCUCAGAUUGAUGGCACUCUUUCCACCAUUGAGUUCCAACGAGAAGCAUUAGAGAAUGCUAAUACAAAUACAGAAGUGCUUAAGAACAUGGGCUUUGCCGCCAAGGCCAUGAAGACUGCCCAUGAAAAUAUGGAUAUAGACAAAGUAGAUGACCUUAUGCAAGAUAUCACAGAGCAGCAGGAAUUAGCACAGGAAAUUUCGGAUGCUAUUUCAAGGCCUGUCGGCUUUGGAGAAGAUUUUGAUGAGGAUGAGCUCUUGGCUGAACUGGAGGAGUUGGAACAAGAGGAGCUAGACAAGAACCUGCUGGAAAUUGGUGGCACAGAGGAUGUACCUCUGCCCAAUGUGCCUUCAAACCCAUUACCCAAAAAAACAGCCCAAAAAAAGAGAGAAGAGGAGGAUGAGGAUGACAUGGAAGAACUUAAAGCAUGGGCAAUUUGAACUCACUCCAGACUGACAGACUCUCUUGCUUGUCGUGGUUAGGUUGUAUACACAAACCUGAGCACCUUCAGAGGGUCAACACUACAAAACAAUUCAAGUCAAGAGUCACAAACUCAAAUGGAUAUGAAAGGUUUCAAAGUUAAACAGACAAUGCAAUCUGAUUACAUAAGAUGUGAGAUGACCCUAAAAUAUUUGGUCAUGAUUGUUUAAACAAUGCAUUGUGGUUUAUAACUAUCCCUCGUUUCAUAGGAUUCGUUGGAAACCCGCUGACGUAAAUCAUCUGACAAAAUGGAUUUGGUACUUGUUUAUUUCAGUCUUUGAUCACAAACUUAAUAAGUACCUCGCCAUCGACAGCCCAUCAUGUAUAGUUUGGUGCUAAGUCCAAAUUGUUAAAGAAAAUUACCUAGGUCUCUCCCGUUAUGCUUUUUCUAGCCUUCAUUGAUGUGCUGAGGAUUUUAAUCCGGCAGUGGUUGGUUGUACUUGUUAAAAAAUAAAUAUAUAUAUUACAUUUUUCUUUUGAGAGCAUACUUAUUUUGAAAAAUGCUGUAUCUGUUCUGUUCAUGUUGAGACAUAAGUUGCAUAUGUGCACAUUUGUAAGUUUGACAUUUUUCAGAUGGCAUUUACAUGAGAGAUCAUUAAACUUUUGGAUUCCUUC